AUGCGCUCCCAGAAACGCGCCACUCAAGGAGACCAGGUCGACAAAGUUGGGUGUGCCGACUGGGGCCCGUUUGCCGGCCCAGAUCGCAGCAUCGCGGAGGUCCGUGAGGACGCAUGGAGUUGGGAGGAGCUGCGCCUGAAACAUGCCGGCUGGAAGUCUUCGCAAUGUGAAGCAGGUGCUCACGUUGCUGGCGCAGGCGGAGUAAAUUCCCGCAAGGCAAGCAAACCGUGUUCCCUUGGACGCAGCCCCUCCGGGAGGGCACGCGUGGCAGGGGCAAGGGCAAGAGAGGGAACAGCAUUGGCAUCCGCGGAUCGUGUCUCUGACCACCUUCUGGCGAGCGUGGUGGACCCCACAACCCGUCCAGCUCGACGCCUGCACGCAUACCAGAUGCCUCCGAGUUAUUUUGUUCGGCCGCUCCCGUCCGGAGCCUCCUACCGCCUGAAAGCACGUGUGGAUUCCGGGCUGCAUGACAAUGUCACGUUUCUCAUUUGUCAUGGUGGCUGGUUGCAAUACAUGAUCGGGAUUGAUCCGCGCAAGUCCCAAAUCUAG